AGGCGGAUUAUUUUAUAAUCUUUGUUUCUGGUUGUUGGAUUUUAUUUACAUGAAUAAUUUAGAUGAUAAACUUGCGGUGAACAUGAGGAACCUGCGGGACUGAGGAGGAGGAGGAGGAAGAGGAGGAAGAUCAAGAGGAGGAGGAGCAGGAGGAGGAGCCUCCCUCCUCUUCCUCUCCGCGGAGCCGCUGAUCCAGUUCGCACCUGUGGAUCCAGCCGCAGCAGCUCCAGCCGCAGCAGCUCCAGCCGCAGCAGCAUCAUGGGGGUCUCCGCGUCCAGCCUGCUGGAUGAAGCCAAAUCCGCCUCCAUCAGAGGCCAGGCGCAGGCCGAGCUCCAGGACUUCGCUCCGUACUACAGGAAGCAGUUCUCGGUGGCCCGGUUCGCCCAGGUGGAGGAAGAACUGAAGCAGAACAAACAGCUGAUCACUCAGCUGCUCAAGCAGAAGGAGGCGCCAGAGGAAGCCAUCGCCCUCUAUGAAGACGCCGUGUGGUACUUUGACGACAACAGGAAGUGGAGGGAGCGGUUCGUUGUGGUGAGAGCUAACUACUGCCUGGAGUGUCAUGAAAGCCUGCAGUCUUAUGUUAAAGGAGCCAACGCGUUAUACAAGCUGCUGCCUACAGGGGGCACUGUUCUGACCACAGAGGACAAGUACAUGGAGAUGGUGGACAAAUGCUACCCUGAUGACAGCAACGUGAAGGAGGAGUUCGCACCUCCUCUGCUGGGGAUGCCGGGGGAAUUCCCGGUUUACCUGCGCCUGCCCUACCGGAGGGAUUCCUACUUCUGCUUCAAGCAGGAGGCCAAGCAGGCCGCCUUCAUCUCCUUCCUGUCGGACUGCAUCAAGCACCAGAACCAAGACUUCCAGAAGAAGAAGACGUGUGAAGUCCAGGCGUUCCUGAAGGCCAUCCAGCUGCUGCGUCAGGACCGGGGCCAGUACGAGGCCUGGGACAUGCUGAUCGGCAGCGACGUGCGGGUGAUGGCCAACCUGGUGAUGGAGAAGCUGCUGCCGUCUCUGGGGAACGACCUGCUGCCUCGCCUCAAAGCCAGGAAGACCGACAGGAAGAAGACGUGGUUCAUCACGAUGGAGGCGGCCUACAUCCUGGUCCAGCAGCAUCUGCUGGACGGCCUGACGGCGCUGAAGGAGGAGUGCAGGGAGUCCGUCCGGCAGCAGGAGGUUCUGAUGCACUCCGACAUGGACCAGAUCCUCGACGCCCGGCGGCAGCUGGAGGAGAAGAUCCGAGCCAAGGUCUCUGCGCCGGCGGAGCAGCUGUGCUCCGAGUCCGUCCAGCCCUACCUGGGCUCGGUUCUGGAGGAGCUGAUGGAGCCGAUCAGCUCCGGCUUCAUGGACGGCCGGCAGCUGAUGGAGGCCAAGAUGGACGAGGUGUGCCAGGCCGUCCUGCAGGGAGCAGAGAACGACAAGCUGAAACAGGCUCUGGGUGAGAUGGCGAGACCCAACCUGCUGGACUGCUGCCUGAAGAUCAGCUCCCUGCAGGACAAACUGAAGCACCUGCAGGAGCGCUUCGGGUUCAGCACCAUGACGGCGGUGACCCACGGCGCUCAGAUCGACCUGCAGCAGCUGAUGGAGAACGCGGCGUACACUCUGGAGCUGAUGCUGAAGAAAGCCCUGCAGGACAACCCGGACACGGCCGGCGCCGUCAUGGACAAGGCCAAGCACAGGAUCCUGAAGCAAUUUGACUACGACAGCAGCACGGUGAGGAAGAGGAUCUUCCAGGAAGCCCUGGUCUCCAUCAUGCUGCCCUUCAUCAAGAAGAACCUGGCCGACUCCUGCAAACCAGAGCUCCAGGGUCUGGAACAGACCGUCUACACUGACUACUCCAACUUCAUCCAUGUGGAGAACGUCUAUGAGAAGAUCCUCCUGGAAAUCCUGGACAAGGAGGUUUCUAAGGUGGUGAAGGAAGCCGCCAGCCUGCAUAAACACAACUUGUUCAAGGAGAGCAGCCGCUCCAGCCUGUCCUCCGUCUCCACGCCCGGCAGCCCCGCCCCGGCUCUGGCCUCCUCCAUCAGGUCCCCGUCCCAGACUCCUCCGUCUCCCCUGGCCGUCAACGGGCCGCGCCCCGGUCCCACGGAGAAGAACGUAGGAGCAGAAGUCCUGCAGGCGGCCGAGACGCUGCUGAAGGAAUUGGAACCGACAGCAGUCGAAGGAACCAGAACCGACCGAACGCUGAAGGUAGAAGGGAUCAGCUCAGCAGACCCAAAACCACCUUCAGCCGAGACUCUGGACCCAUCAGAACCACAGAUCCAGGAAAAUCUCUCCAUCCAAACCGAAGAACCCAGAACCCAGAGAACAGACCAACAAGAGGCAGAAACCACUUCUCCAGAACCUCCUGCUGCUUCUCCAGAAGGUCCAACUGUUACAGAACCUCCAGUUCCAGAACCUCGAGCUCCAGAACCUUCCGUUGUUUCAGAAGCUCCAAGUCUGGACCAAACCGAUGAACCUGUGAAUCAUCCAGCAGAAGAAACCGGAUCUCAGCCUGCAGCCGCCGGCCAGCAGCCAUCAGCCAUGCUGGCGGCUCCCCCUGGUGGUGAAGAAGCAGAAGACGUCGGUCUGAAGCUGAAGACGGAGGACGCAGAGUCCCUCUCCGCCUCGGAGUCCCUCUCCGCCUCGAAUCCCAACCCCCUGGGCGUCUCGGUGGGUCGUGACUCUCCACGGUCCGACCUGGAGUCCACAGCAGGAACCUCAGAAACCUCUGAGCUCCUGGAGGUCCAGUCAGCGCUGACAUCCGAGGACCAGACCUCAGCGGGAGAACCGUCCAUGGAGGCUCAGACCGGAGGGGUGGAGGCCGGAGCCGGAACCACGGCAGAGAGUCCAUCAGAACCGGACCGAGCUGCGUUCUCCCGGCCCGCCGGGCCCGAUGUCCAGCCGCUGGACGCCGUGAACGACAUCCGCAACCUGUUGGUGGAGGUGAUCGAGGUGGAGCAUCAUUGUCCCAAAGAGGAAUGAACUGGGUGAUCCAGAACCAGAACCAGAACCGCCUUAACUGCUGCAUGAAGAUAUAAUAACUUAUUUAAACAAAUCAUUUAUCAGGUUUCAGCUGGAGGCGACUUUAGGAACUUUGAGACGUUUUAUGGUGGAAGCUUUUCUAAACCAUUUGGCUUCAUCUGAGUCCAAGCAGAAAGUUCUGCAGAACUUCACCGGGUUCCUGCCGGUGACGUCCUGCAGGAUGAUUCUUUCCUAUCAAACUGGGUCCAGAACUAUCCAACCGGGUCAGAACUACCCAACCGGGUCAGAACUACCCAACCGGGUCAGAACUACCCAACUGGGUCUGGAACUACCCAACCGGGUCAGAACUACCCAACCGGGUCAGAACUACCCAACCGGGUCAGAACUACCCAACUGGGUCUGGAACUAUCCAACCGGGUCCAGAUAUGACGGCAUUGAUAGAAAAAAAAAAUGAUUUCUGAUUCAAAAAUCAAAGAUUGAGUUUUUUCCCAUCAAAAUUUUGACUUUUUGUUGGAAAUUUAGUGAUUUUUCUCAUAUUUGUGAGAUUAAUUUUGAAAUUCCAUUUUCUUUGUAGCAAAUUUUCAACUCUUGAAAUCCAGUUAUUUUUUCUGGAAAAUGAAUCAGACUGUGAGUUUUGUCAGGAAUGUUCUCCCCUACUGCCGUGGUGCCAGCAGAACCUCCAUCACUGACCUGCUUCCCGACGUUCCGGGACGAGAUUCCCGCUGUUCCCACUGUGGGAAUCCAGCCGGAUCAGAUCUGCUGGUUUCGUUCGAUCCGACAUGAAGAAUCCCAGCAGGAACUGAAUUCCUGUUUCACCAGAACCGUCUGGUCCAGGAGCAGCAUUCUGGACCAGCUGGUUCUGCUCCAUGGAUAAACUGGAUUUAGUGGGAAUUUAAAACACGUGGUGCCUUCGCUGUCCAUGGAGACGGGCAGCUUCCUCACCGAAGUGCCUGCGCCGGACCGGUUCUGUUCUCCCAGCAAAGCAAACGCAGCAGGAUGACGACGACAAAGCUGUUUAGACCAACCAGCAGGAUUCUGUUGGGUCAGAACCAGAACAUUUCCUCCUGGUUCCAGAACCAACAGACAUCUGUAGUAACGUUUCACAAUAAAAGCAUGAAGGUUUCA